UUAUCUGUAUUUUAACCUUCAUUUUUCUCUUGUACACUGAGAUGAUCAGUACUAUUUCUUCUGGCUCUAUUUUAAGGUUUAAGCCUUGUCCCAAAAGAAAUUCUGCAGAUAAUAGAGAAUUGGAGAGCGAUCCACUAGACAAUCCAGCAGACGAUAGUCUUGAUUCUGAUCGUGAUGAAUGUAGUGUCACUCAUGGGAAAUGGGGUUUUAAUACUUCAAUCAAGCCAUUGUAUUCAGACAGGAUUUGUCCUUAUAUAGAUAAACAAUAUUCUUGUAUUAAGAAUGGCCGAAAUGAUUCAGAUUAUCGAUACUGGGAAUGACAGCCUGAUGACUGUAUGUUGCCAAGGUUAGCAAGUUACUUAAAAUAUCAAUUUUAAUUUUCUAUUUCUGUAAGUAAAUUACCAUAUUGCAAAAUGAAAGAAAUAGUAGGAUUCUUGAUUCUUGUUUCAACACUAUCC